CAAAAAUUAUUUCCGGCCAGAAAUUCCUAAAUUCACAUGCUGUAACGGACACUUUUUUUCCGUCGUCUGUUCUGUUCGACCGGAUUCCUUGCGUGUCGGAGGAAAGACGGAGAAUUUUCCAUGGCCACUGCAGCAACUGUCCUUCUGACAAGCGCGCGUCUCCUUCGUCUUCCUCUCCGCAAAUCAUCACCGCCCGCCGCGACAUCGCUGUCGUCUCUCUCCUCUCUCGCCCCUUCUGCACCGUUCAAGAUGGGCUUGUUCCAGAGCAGAAGCUCUGCGGCCGCGCCCCCGGGGAGGCUCGCCGUCAGAGCCGCGAGAACGGAGUCCGACAGAGUCUCCAUCGGCUUCAGGGCUCCACAAUUCCAGCUUCCCGAGCCACUCACUGGGAAAAUGUGGAGUCUUGAAGAUUUCGAGUCUUACCCUGCUCUGCUGGUUAUGUUUAUAUGCAACCACUGCCCGUUUGUUAAACACUUGAAGAAUGAUAUUGUAAAGCUUACAAAUUUCUACAUGAAGAAAGGACUGGCAGUUGUUGCAAUAUCUUCGAACUCUGUAGCUACUCACCCACAGGAUGGGCCGGAAUUCAUGGCAGAAGAAGCUAAAGCAUUCAAUUAUCCAUUUCCUUAUCUCUAUGAUGAGAGCCAGGAUGUAGCACGUGAUAUUGGAGCUGUUUGCACACCAGAGUUCUAUUUAUUCAAAAAGGAUGGUCGGAGGCCAUUUGAGCUAGUAUACCAUGGCCAGUUUGACGACUCUCGACCAAGUAAUAAUGUGCCUGUUACUGGAAGGGAUUUAAGCCUGGCCAUAGACUGCAUUCUCAGUGGACAACCUGUAUCGUUGACACAAAAACCUAGUGUUGGAUGCAGCAUAAAGUGGCAUCCGGAGGUGAAAGUGUAACCCACACUCGUUCACUUCCACUCAAGUUACCGCAGUGCACUGUGAAGUUACCAUUCCCGUUCCAUAAGGUUCUCCGAGAAAUUAAAAAUCAAACAUCAAGUUAGAGGACAUACAGUGUUCGUAUUUAUAUUUGGGCUCACGUGUAUCCUAUAACUUUUCUUUCAUUGUCUCUGUACAGAUAGCAGAAGCUGUUAAGAGUGAAUGCUGCUAUGUACGGUACUUAGUUCUCAGCAAUAAAUUACUUGAACGUCACUGGUCACAAUAACACCUAACUGCUAUCCCUUGCCAAAUAUUCAUGUCAUUCUUCCGGUGA